AUGGCAAUCGUGCCGCAACACUACAUUCUACCGCGCAUGAGGAACGAUCUAGCCACCCUGAGCGGUGGCCAAGGUCAUCCUUACAUCUGGAACGAUCCAAGCACUUACGGUGGUUCCGCCGUUAGGUACGAAGACCUUGGUGAAUUCGUCGCUGCGCUCCCCAGCAAAACCACCACCGGCGCGCUGCGCGAGCACAUCAUGCGCCUCAAUUCCACAGCCUCGUGCACCAGCGUCGAUAUGUCCGCGUUCCCCGCUACAUGCGCGGGCGGGAACCCGUUCCAAGCUUCCCUUCAGUACAAAGCGCUCUACGACUGGGGCAACUCGGACGCGAACAUCUCUGCCGUCGACAUCUGCGCUCCGGGAGAUCUAGGAAGACACCCUUGGACGUUGAGUCGCAACAGGCAGGAGCUGUCUGAAGAGGUAUUUCUGAAAAUCACGGGGGACAAUUACCGGAAUGGAGUGAUUCAUUGCACAGGACAGACUACAAGAGGAUACUUCGAACUCGGCAACGUCCACAACGGAGGUGCAUUUGGCCCUCUGCUGGAGAAAUGGCCGAGCGGCGGUUCUUCGCUGGCUGAAUAUCAGUUCCACGAUUACAUGAGAAGCGAAUGGAUCGGUGAGUCCCAAUACGAUCAGGGUGGCUACCUGCCACCCCGACCUAAUAAUACCCUCGCCUACCCGCCGCGCACGUACACCAACACCUCCGGCCCGCUGAUGACAUCCAUCGUGGCCCUCUUCGGCGCAACCUCGUGGGCCCACAGCCUCGCGAACCUAACCUCGUCGCGCGACGAGGACGCGAAAACGCUGCAGACGACGUACGCGGACCGCCCCGGGUUGCUCACCUCGCUGUGCGCCGGGCUGCCGUUCGCCAAGCCGGGCGAUACAUACGGCGAAGUUAUCUGCGCGAGCAGUCUGCUGCACCUGAUGAGCACGUACAGCGACCAUAUGGUUGGGUGGGGCUUGAACGAGACGGCCGCGACGCGGCUCAGCACGGCCAUGUCCCUCGCGAACCAGGCGGCGCUGACGGCGCACACGACGGGCUUGCUGCCGUGGUCGCGCAGCACAGGCCGCGAGAUCUACGCCGCCCCGGGCAUCGUGGUUUCAAAGCCGACCGUCAGCCUGCCGGGCCUGGUCAUCCUCUCCGCCGUCGUCGCCGCGCACGUCUUCGGCUUGUUGUGCCUGGCGCUCUGGAUCCUGCGGUACCCGACGUGGACGCGGACCCUGGACGCGCGGGCCGUGGCGCGCAUCGUGGCGCAUAUGGAUGGCAGUGUGUUCCCGGCGCUGCGGACCACGGGACAGGCGGACUGGGAGGCGCUGGCGCACGUCUCGGGGCUGGUGGGCGCGGAGCCGCACGACGACAUGGUCGAGCAGCGGGGCUCGAGCGGUACUGUGCACGCGCGCGCCGCAGAGGUAGAGAUGGAGAUGGAUAUGGAGAUAGAGAUGCGCGCCCUGAGCGUGGCGUCGACGGUAGGCAAGCAGGCUACGAGCGAGGUCGCUCCCGCGUCGACGAACGCGUCGAGAGUGACACUGGGCCUGGGCGCGCCGGGCGUGAUCGCGGGGCGGUGGGGAAAGCAGGUAGUCGCAUCCGCUGAGCACGCAGACGCUUAG